AUGGGUCAUCAUCAUCAUCCUCCACAACCAGCUUAUUACCAACAACAACAGCCUGUUUACCAACUACAGCAGCCACAACCAAUAUAUAUCCAACAAAAUCCACCAUCAAAUAAUGACAACUGUUGUGGUGCAUGUUGUGGUGGAUGCUGUGGUGCUUUGUGGAGUUGUUUCACAGUUAUUUCACAAGUUUUAUGUUGUUGUUGUAUAUUAGAAGCAUGUUGUGUAUUUUGA